CUUUCACUCAUUCCUUUGUCUUCCCGGCGAUUGGCAGGUUUUAUUAUUCCGCCUGAACAAGCCGGGGGCGGAUUGGCUGCGGCGGGCUGACGGGGGCGCCGAGCCGGAGUGUAGUUGGGAUUCUGCUCUGUCAGUAACACAUGUGUGAGGGCAGCGGGCACACGCGCACCGUGCGGGCACACACGCACUCACACGGGCACGCUCGCACCCGCACCCUCACGCUCAGACGGGCAGAGGGGCCGCCCCUCGCCCUCCGCCAGCGCCGCCGCCGCCGGAUCCCGGCAGCAGCUCCGCGCCCAGCUCCGCUCAAACUCGCCGGCUCCCGCCCGCUCCGCUGAGACGCCCCGGCGGGCCGCGGCCGGCCGGCUCCGCGCCGCGGGAGGCUCGGGAGCCGCCGCAGCCCGGAGAGGGGGCGGAGGUGGGGGGGCGGGGGGGGGAAGAGGCACAAAGUGAAGCCACAUUGCCAAACUUGCCCGGCGAUUGCAGCAGCGAGCGGCGGCGGCGCCCUGCGUGUGCGGCUCAGCGGCGGGGACCGAGCUCUGCAGCUCCCCUCCCGGGAAGCGGGAGCGGGAGGAAGGACCUGGGCAGACGCCUCUCAUAGCAAUAUCUAUAUUUUUCCAGCCUGGGCUGCCCCUUGCCGGGCGGGGGGCUCUCUCCAGCGCUCCCGACAGCCGGCGAGAGGGCGAGAGCUGUGCUUGUUUCUUUGCAAGGAGACCUCUUCAGGCACCCCGAGCGGCGCUCCCCGGCCUUUUGCAAUAUAGAGGGGAAGCAGGCCAUGGUGAACCCCGGCGGCAGCGCGCAGCCGCCCCCGGUCACGGCGGGCUCCCUCUCCUGGAAGAGGUGCGCCGGCUGCGGGGGGAAGAUCGCCGACCGCUUCCUGCUCUACGCCAUGGACAGCUACUGGCACAGCCGCUGCCUCAAGUGCUCCUGCUGCCAGGCCCAGCUGGGGGACAUCGGCACCUCCUGCUACACCAAGAGCGGGAUGAUCCUCUGCAGAAACGACUACAUCAGGUUAUUUGGAAACAGUGGUGCUUGCAGUGCCUGUGGACAGUCCAUUCCUGCUAGUGAGCUGGUCAUGAGGGCACAAGGCAACGUCUAUCAUCUUAAGUGUUUUACAUGCUCUACCUGCCGGAAUCGCCUGGUCCCCGGAGAUCGGUUUCACUACAUCAAUGGCAGUUUAUUUUGUGAACAUGAUAGACCUACAGCUCUCAUCAAUGGCCAUUUGAAUUCACUUCAGAGUAAUCCACUACUGCCAGACCAGAAGGUCUGCUAAAAGGUCAGAGUAAUGCAGAAUGCGUGCCUUCAUCUCAAAUUUUGUUCAUCACAGAUGGAUCCCAUGUCUCCAAGUAGACAAGUCACCUUUGUAGCUAGCAUCAAUGCCAGCUCCAUACCAUUGCACCUUCUUUAUUCUUGAUUGCCCUUCCCACAUUUAUUGGUGUAUUAAAAUGACUGAAUAUGAACAUUAAGGACUCCAUGAACCUGGGCUAAUGGGAGACUGUAGAGAAAAUGAAAAAAGAUCCACCGGAGGACAUCUUUGGGGGGGGCGGGUGGGGAAGAUGACUAAUGAAGCUAAUUAAAAGAAGCAUUGAAAUCUGCUUUCUACCCUCAUUAACAAUUAGCAGGGCACUGGCCAGUUUGUACCCUGUGUUUUACCUUAACAACAUUCUAUUUGCUCUUUGUAUAUUUAAGUGUUGUAAGGAAAUGUGUUUCAAUCAAACUGAACAUGAGAUAAAAGAUGUGGCUUUUGUGAUAUUCUAUCACAAACACUUUUAUUGUAUCUCUGUAAAAUACAAUGUAUGUAUGCAUGUAAGUGUUUUUGUCCUAAUGUUGCUACUUCCCAUGGCAAAAAAAAAAAAAAGAAAAAAAAAAAAGAAAAAAAAGUCAGGCUCAUAGCAGCUACUGUGUAGAAAUUUUCACCUACUUCUAAUUUGCUGAAUGAAGAAAAAUCUUUUAUUUGUGAUAUUUUCAGAGACAUUUGCUCUAGUAUGGUGUAUUUAAAUAAUAAAAAGUAAAACAAACAAAACUGAAUUGAGUACGGGUUUUAGAAGCUUUGCCUUUUUUUUUUCCAGUUUUUAAAUUACAUUCAAAACAUUAUUCCGCAACUCUGUCUUACAUAGUUGUUACCUUAAUUGUCAAUUACCUUUAAAAGUAGCUUUUUGGUUUUGUUUUGUUUCUUUUUUCUUAUGCCAGUAAAGAAUACGUUAAACUACUUGACCAUGUUACUUUUGGCAAGGAUGCAGAGCACUACUUCAAAAUUAUUUUUCAUGGAGAUUCUUAAUUCUGGUGACAGCAAGUACAUUGUAGUUCACAUUGCAGUGAGUUCAGUACACACAUGGGUACUGUGGUAUCUUUCUAAUAAUUUCCUCCCUUCAGAAUCACGUGUGUUAAGGCUGUGCAUGUGUCUCUGAGCUUGCAAGCAUGAGAGGGUAUGUAUAUGCCAUAGGAGGCCAAAAAAAUUAAAACCAGAGAAAGGUUUGUACCUCAUGCUGAGCACUAGAAUUGAGUAUUCAUAAAAAGGAAUACAAUAGCUAUUCUGAUCUGAACGACGUAAAGUUGUGUUUGCUGUGGUAAGAGAUUUAACUUCGCAACACCGAUAAUCUUAAGGAAAGAAAAAUGUUUCCUGGGAUAUUUCUGAGAACUGGCUGAUCUCAAAUAUGAUCUGUUCUCUGAAAGCAAACAAACAAAAACCACCUCCCCACAAAGCAACGGAGCCACCUCUAAUCUUAGAAAGGGAACAACUUCAUUUUUUGCCUUUUUCCCAUCAGCUGCUUGGUGGUAGAGCUGUGCAAAAUAAUUUUGAGGAAAAAAAAAAAUCUGACAUUUCGUGUUUUUAGCAAGAAUCUUAACAUGGAUCUAUGGCUGUGCAUUAUAUGCCUUCAGUCAGGAAACUGCAAGCACCAAAUGUGCCUCUGCUGCAAUUAAUAGUAAAUCAAUAUUAACAACUACUCUACUUUUAUAGGAAACUAAUACAGUUGGAACACAUCAUUAUGUUAUCUUUUUUAAUUCUGUUUUUGAGAAGAUGUUCUCUGAUCAGCAUGCUUGGUUACGGAGUGAGCGUGAAUUAUUUUUGUUGUGAUGCCGAUACACAAAAAAUCUGAUUUAUAGAUUUGUCUGUCUAAACAACUGACAGCAGAUGUUUUUGUUUCAAAUUCUACUUCAUGGCCUCUAGUAUGUUGAUGGGCAGCUGAACUUCUUUUAACACUUCAGUGCUUGAGGAAGAAGCACUGUUUCAGAGAACAGAAAAUGCAGUAAUGUACAGUAUCAGUACAGACAAAGAGUACUUGCAUAACAUAUAAAGCACAGCAUAAAUGACUGACUUUUUUUUAAUUAAAUGCACCUAAUGUGUAUUUUAAAUAAGUUUUUAAGCUUUUUGAUCUGGCAUUAAAGUCUUUAGGUAGUCCUGUAAAUUGUGCUGCUUCAAUAUCUUUGAAAAGACAGUUGAAGUCACAUGAAUAUAAAAUUCAAGCAUUAGUGAGACUGUAGACAUCUUUUUCUAUUCUUUCACUGUAAGCACUCAAGGUACAGUGUUUAAAUCUAACAUGUACAGAUUUUUGGUUGUCCAAUAUAACCUAGAAGUGCUAAGAAGAUAGCUAAUAACUUCUAGUAAGUAAUGUAGUAUUGCAUUUAGUGAUGUAGAGGUUGAAGUUCGUUAACAGCUUUAAAUAAACUAUUAUAUGACUCAUUUGUAAAGCACAGCUACCUAUUUAAUAGCUUACUUUAAAAGCAUUUCUUAAGUUGCAGACCUAUAAGAUUACAAAUGUCACUCAUGUUAGCAUAAUCCACAUGCAAGUGAUGAAGCCUUUGCUUUGAUGUGCUAAAUUGGAGGAGGACUAAUGGAGCUAUGAAUAUACAAUAGAACAUAUUUAAGUAGUAUUCUUGCUUUAGGUAAAACACUUUCUUGAAACCAGAGGCAUUUCAGACAAUAAAACAGGCUCUAAUGGGGAUGGUAGGUGUGGAGAGAAGGCUACUGGAAACACUUAGAUUUGUUCUCAUAUGAAAAAUCACUUUUUUUUAAGUAGAUCUGUAAAGAAAAAACACGUACUUGUUCACCUUUUAUCACUUAUAUUUGCUGCACUGAGGCUGAAAUACACCCUCUGCAUUUAGUGCUGCUGAAAAGUCAUACAAAUAAUCAUUUAGCAAGAGCUUCUCUUUCAAAAAUGAAUGUUAAAAAAAGAAUUAGAGGGAAUACUACUAAUCUGAAAUCAUCCUCCUGAACCUGGAUAAAAUGCUCUGUCUAUACUGCAUCUAAACGUCUCAAUCAUAUAAAUUGUCACUCUUAUUAAUGAAACAAUUUUGUAAAAAGAUUGCCCUCUAAAUGGGUUUAAUGUUUUUACCUAUCCAGCUGUCUAGUUAUGAGAUUUACGCAUCCUGGCAGGCAGUGGGACAUUAAGCCUUUCCAAACCAAAUUCUGUUUGCAACAAGAUACUGUCUUUUCAGUCCUACAUGAUUUAUCUUUAAAUAUUUUAACAGGUUAUGCAGUAUCUUAUGAAAUAUAAAAUGAGAAUGUCUUACCAAAAUGAAGCCUAGGAAAUUAAGUCACAUCUUUAGAAUAUUAACCACACUGAGUUUGUCUCCCUUUUUUCCUGUUAGUUAACCCUGAUAAAAUUUGCAUCAUCUAAUAUUGAGGUAAAUACUAAAAAAAAAAAAAAAACCCAAAAAAAACCCAAAAAUUCAACUCAGAUACUGGCAUAGUAUGCCUUGCUAUCAAGGGGGUUGAGUCACUGUCCAUUAAAAAGUUUUAAGGAAAGACUGGAUGUUGCACUCAGUGCCAUGGUCUAGUUGCCAUGGUGGUGAUUGUAGGUCAUAGGUUGGAUUUGAUGAUCUCAGAAGUCUUUUCUAACCUGAUUCUGUGAUUUCAAAAUGUAAAUUUAAAUUUUUUAUCUAAUUAUUUGGCUGGCAGUUGUAUGUCAAGUGUGAGGCUUUUUGCAAAGAUCUACAUUCUGAACAGCUCUAUUAAAAUAACAGAUAAAAUUGAGAUUAGGA